UAAUGCUCCAGGGGCGGGGCUUUAAUAUUGAUGAAAGCUUGUGAGCUUCCGAUGAAGUGGAGUCGGAUAUCUGAUGGGAGGAUAUAAUAGUAAACUGACAGUACCAAAAGAUGAGCCAAAUCUCGCGAGUAGGGUUGAUACUUCUGACCUGAGCAAAAACCCUAAACUGGCUGACCUCAACAAAGUUGACGAAAAACUAGCUGAUAUUCGUUCUUACACAAAGAUGGAUGCGCAAAAUUCCAAUGAUUCCCUCAUGCUGGGUCGAGGAGGUAUUAUGGUCGUAUUAUACGACUUCGCCGAAUCAAUGAGUUCUCAAAUCAGCAUUAAGCGAGGUGAAUUGGUACGCCUUUUAAGCUAUAGUCCAGCUGGAGACUGGUCUGAGGUGGAAGCUUCUAUUGUCUUACCACCUCUCCCCAAACCUGAACCGGGUAGUUCUACUUCCGGGUCAGAAAGUCAUCCUUCUCAAUGCACAGGUGGAGCUACUGUAAAGCAUAAUCAUGGGCCCACCAGGGAAACUGGGAACAGUGUAAAUACUUCUUGUAUGUAUUUGUUCAAUAAUUACAGACGUGGAUGGUACCAACGAGUUACUUAGCUAUUACAAAUGUCUUCCAAAGUUCUGCUCCUUCAAACAGUCUUAUUCACAACAGUUAAUUAGUUGUGGAGGUUCAGAAAAGCCAAAUUGCUCAGUUAAUGCCCCUUGUUUAUCUAAUUCACAACCAAUUAUUGCAAAUGACCAUAUGCAAUCACGGGUACAAAACGUAUCAAACAAGGGACCUG